CGGACGGUCGCUGCAAAGGACAGCAGUGCGGUUGUACGACGCCAGUUUGGACUGAUUAUAUGACCUUCGAGCUCGCUUGUGCAGGCACAAGGCGUUGAAAAUGUCGCGGUGGAGUAUACUUGCUCUUCUUCUAGGGCUGCUGCUUGUAGCAGCCCCAUUCUCCAAGCACCAGCUCGCCGCAGCAUCUGAUGAGUAUGAUGACGACGACGAGGAUGCUCCUAGCGCUCCCAAGGACGAUGAUGAGAAGGACGUUGUAGUUGUGACUGUCAAGAACUGGGAUGAUACUGUCAAGAAGGCCAAGUUCGCCCUUGUGGAGUUCUACGCUCCCUGGUGCGGUCACUGCAAGAGCCUCAAGCCCCAUUAUGCCAAGGCUGCCACGAUCUUGAAGGCGGCAGUGCCUGAUGCUAUCAUCGCCAAGGUCGACGCCACCGUUGAGGAGUCGCUGGGCAGCAAGUUCAGCGUCCAGGGCUAUCCUACUCUCAAGUGGUUCGUUGAUGGCGAGCUGGUUUCGGACUACGGUGGCUCCCGCGACACUGAGGGUAUCGUUAACUGGGUCAAGAAGAAGACCGGCCCGCCCGCCGUGAGCGUGGAGGACGCCGACAAGCUCAAGUCGCUGGAGGCUGACAACGAGGUGCUGGUGCUGGGCUACUUCAGCGAGCUCAAGGGUGCUGACUACGAGACCUUCAAGUCCUUCGCCUCCAAGACCGAGGACGUGGCCUUCGCUGAGACCACCAGCGCCGAGGUUGCCCAGGCUGCGGGUCUGGAGGCGGCCGGCACCGUGGCUGUCAUCAAGAACUUCCCUGGUGAGGCUCGCGAGGUUGCCGUCAGCUCCGACCUGUCCGGUCUGGAGGCGUUCGUGAAGGGCGAGAAGCUGCCCGCCACCAUCGAGUUCAGCCAGGAGAACAGCGGCAAGAUCUUCAACAGCGGCAUCCCCAAGCAGCUCAUCCUGUGGGCUAGCCCCGAUGAGCUGGCGGCUGAUGCGGAGGUGAUGUCCGCCUACCGCGCCGCCUCCAAGAAGUUCAAGGGCCAGCUGGUGUUCGUAACGGUCAACAACGAGGGCGAGGGCUCUGAGCCCGUCACCAACUUCUUUGGACUCAAGGGCGCCAGCUCGCCAGUGCUGCUGGGCUUCCACAUGGAGAAGAACCGCAAGUACAAGCUGUCGGAGCCGCUCACUGCCGCCUCCGUGGAGGCCUUCGCCGCCUCCGUGGCCGACGGCUCCGCGCAGCCCGAGUACAAGAGCCAGCCGGUUCCCGAGGACCCGGUGGAGGAGGGUGUGACGGUGGUGGUGGGCAAGAGCGUGGACAGCGUUGUGAUGGACCCCACCAAGGAUGUGCUGCUGGAGGUGUACGCCCCCUGGUGCGGCCACUGCAAGCAGCUGGAGCCCACCUACAAGAAGCUGGCCAAGCGCUUCAAGAAGGUGAGCAGCGUGGUGAUCGCCAAGAUGGACGGCACGGAGAACGAGCACCCCAGCAUCGAGGUCAAGGGCUUCCCCACGAUCAUCUUCUUCCCCGCGGGUGAGGACAAGACGCCCAUCGCCCUCGAGGGAGGCGACCGCUCGCUCAAGGCACUCACCAAGUUCAUUAAGUCCAAGGCCAAGAUUCCGUACGAGCUUCCCAAGAAGUCGGGCGGCGCUGAGGAGGCUGCGUCGGAGAAGGACGAGCUGUAAAUUGCUGUGUGCUACUCCCGCUGCUGAUGUUGUUGUCGCUGGUUUGUGUUUCGUGUUCAAGCAACGUUUGGGACGAUGUUUAAGAAUCGAAGAUUCGACGACCCUAGACUACCGUAAUAGUUGAAGACUCAGCAGAACCAAACCCAACAAUAACGCGCCUGUGCUUUCCGACUCACGAUGCUGAGGAGGAGUACAGGCAGCUGCUGCUACGCGUGUUGCCCCGCUGGGAGACGUUUGCGUCGGAGCGUCGGAGGGGGGGGAUCGGAUGCCUGCAUGGGGUACCCGUUGAGGUGGCCGGUGUACGGUGGUGGGCGUAACCAGCGGUAUGCGCCGGGGUGUGGAACCUGGUAUGUGGGUUUGUUGCCGUGUGCUGCACAAUGUGUGCAUCAGUGUGCAUAUUUGUGUUGUUGGUGGGGUAUGUGCAUGCCACAUGAAACCGUGAAUACCCGGUACAUAAGAAGCCGUGAGAUGUGAGACACAGGUCGUCUGCCUUUCCCUAUGUAAGCCUUCGUAAGGAA